AUGUCUUGUCUUCGGAUCAUACCUCCCUGGACCCAACACCGUCUUCCCAUUGAGACCACCUAUCAAGUUCCUCGUCCAUAUUUCUUAUUCUCUAAUUACAAUCAUCCAAGAAAUGGUGGAAGCGGUAAAAUUACUGAUCCAUUCAACCUUAACUCUCCAAACGAACCAGUCGACUUUAUAGAUUACUAA